UAAACCGAUUUCUUCUCCACUGAAGUAAUUCCCACGUGCCAAAAUAGAGCCGAUUCCAUACUACAAAAUACGCCAUCACUCCAGCCCCGGCCCCUUUGUCUCUCACGGCUCCUUCACCAUCCUUCUACUCUUCUUUCUCUUCCUCAUCUCCGUGCUGGAUUGAUCAAGGGAUAGGAGCUUGUUUGUGUUGUCAGAGGAUUCAGUGGCGUUUACCCUAUGUGUGGAAAUGGAAAGGCUACGGAGUUAUGAAGUUUGUUCGCUUCUCGCUUCCUGAGAUCGCGGCAUUUGCAUUAGAAUCACAACUUGGAUUUGGUAUCACAAUUAUCUAAAUCAAAUUUCAUCCAGCUAAAUUGUAUGCAUAAUAAAUACAUUUUGACAUGGUAUCCCGCACGUCUUUGAAGAAACUGAUAGAUGAUGAUAUUCUGCUAAAUAGCUGGGAAGAUGCAACUUGCCCAAUAUGUCUGGACGUCCCUCACAAUGGGGUCCUUCUCCACUGCUCCUCCUAUGAUAAAGGUUGCCGUCCUUUCCUUUGUGAUACGGACCAAACACAUUCUAAUUGUCUGACCCGGUUCAGAACUGCAUUUGGAGUUUCUGAAACUUCUGAAUGUUGGAACACUAAUGGCAUUAAUGACUCCACUCAACUGAUAGCAUCAGACUGUGAAAGCCUUCCAACCUGCCCUUUGUGUAGGGGAGAGGUGGCUGGUUGGGCCAUCGUCAAGGAGGCCCGUGCUUACUUGAACAUGAAAAUGCGGUGUUGCGAAGAGCAGCACUGCUCUUAUGUUGGUAACUUUGCUCAGCUCCAGAGUCAUAUGCAGUUAGAACAUCCUCAUUCUCAUCCUUCAGAGAUAGACCCCGCACACCAAUUGGAUUGGGAGAAUUUUCAACAAUCUUCAGCUAUUAUAGAUGUUCUGAGCACUAUACACGCUGAAGUUCCACAUGGUGUUGUGUUAGGGGAUUAUGUCAUUGAGUAUGGUAACGAGGAUAAUGAAGAUGAUUAUGAUGAUUUUCGUGAUCGUGGAACAAAAUGGUGGUACUCUUGCAUUCUUUACCAGGUGUUUGGUAAGUUCAGGGGUUCAAGAAACCGGGGUAGAUCUAGUAGGAGAGAUGCAAGGCGAGGUCACCAUAGAUCGACAUCUGUUGGUUCAAUUGAGCAUUCGCCAUCAUCAGCGGACACUUCAGUGUAUAGGUUCCAUGAAGUGGAAGAUGAGUUUCCUGGAAUGCCUGGUUCUGGCAGUCAUGCGGUGGUAUCCAGAGGUUUCGUUGGUGGACAUAGACGCAGCUACAUGGGGCGUAGGCCACGCCAUACUGACCAUUAAUCAGAGUAGAACUGCUGCACUUAGCUCUUUCUUUCUGAAGGUAACUUGACUUCCUUUCAGAAACAGAUAUCCAAUUUUUUUUUAAAUGAUUUAUAGUUUACCAAAAGACCUUUGCCUUUUUAUUUAUUUGUAUAUAAAUAUAUAGAGUAGUACCUAAUGUUGCAUACAGGUUUUACAUUGCCUGAUGAUUCUUUUGACUUGAAUCAAUUUCUAGUGGUCUUUUUCUUGAA